UAGAAGACGAUGAAGAGAUUCCUAAAGAGGAAUCAGUUUGUAAAUACUGUAUCAACUUAUUCCCUGAAGAAAAUGUGUUGAAGACAAAAUGCCACUGCAAAACCACCCUUGUCCAUGACCAUUGUCGAUUGGAAGGAAAUAAAGAGUGUGAAGUUUGUGUCCAUGAGGUCCAAAACGUCCUAGUGAUAUUGCUUCGUCGCCCCUUUUCUGGUGGGGAUCACAAAGGGCAAGUGGGCAAGAAAUAG